AAAAACACAUAGAAAAUCCUUUCACAAUAAACCAAAAAAAAAGAAUCAAAGAAAUGGCUGAGAAGAAUGGUGAAGUACAGGAAAUCAAACACCAAGAGGUUGGCCACAAAAGCCUUUUGCAAAGUGAUGCUCUUUAUCAGUAUAUACUUGAGACCAGUGUAUAUCCUAGAGAGCCAGCAUCCAUGAAAGAACUUAGGGAGGUGACUGCUAAGCAUCCAUGGAAUCUAAUGACAACAUCAGCAGAUGAAGGUCAGUUUUUGAACAUGUUGUUGAAAUUGAUAAAUGCAAAAAAUACAAUGGAGAUUGGAGUAUAUACUGGCUACUCCCUCCUUGCUACAGCCCUUGCUAUCCCCGAAGACGGAAAGAUAUUGGCAAUGGAUAUUAACAGAGAAAAUUACGAAAUUGGCCUUCCCAUAAUUGAAAAAGCCGGUGUAUCACACAAGAUUGAUUUUAGAGAAGGCCCUGCUUUGCCCCUUCUUGAUCAAUUACUUGAAGAUAAAAACAAUCAUGGCACAUAUGAUUUCAUAUUUGUGGAUGCUGACAAGGACAACUACAUCAACUAUCACAAAAGGAUUAUAGAAUUAGUGAAAGUUGGUGGUGUGAUUGGGUACGACAACACCCUAUGGAAUGGGUCUGUGGCUGCACCAGCUGAUGCACCAAUGAGAAAAUACGUAAGGUAUUAUAGAGACUUUGUAUUGGAACUUAACAAAGCCUUAGCAGAAGAUCAGAGGGUCGAGAUUUGUAUGCUUCCUAUUGGUGAUGGCAUUACCCUGUGCCGCCGUAUCAUCUGAUCAUUUUACAUAUUUUUCUGCUUGUCUUCUUUUAUUUUAAUUCAACUAUCAAAAAAAAUGUUUUUCUGUUUUUUUUUGGUUAUUAUUAUUGAAAGGAAGAAAGUUACCCUUUUGAUUUAUGAGUUCAUUUUCACUAUUUGUAAUGAUAAAAGAAAUUGUAUCUCAAUGUACUUUUUAUAAUUACAAGCAUUAUUGAACAUUAA